GCCAGUCAAUAUCGAACCCCACUGAUGAUCUACACAGUUUCGCAGGGGAUAAUAAAAUUAAAUGUAAAACUUUUUAAAGUGAAACAUUUUCAGUCAUUAGUGGUUAAUUGUGGCUGAUUGUGAAAUUUGUGAAACUGGAUUGCUGUUGAAUUAGAAUUAGAUGCUAUUGUGAUAAGUUCAAAAAUACUAAACGAAAAGUUUACUUCGAUAUGGCUCAGAACAAAGACAAAACUUCAGAGAUAGAUGACCAUAUCGUCAAACGAUUUGAUAUACAAAAAAGACUGGGAAAAGGUGCUUAUGGAAUCGUUUGGAAAGCUGUAGAACGGAAAACCAAGGAAGUAGUAGCAGUCAAGAAAAUUUUUGAUGCAUUCAGAAACCAGACUGACGCCCAAAGAACGUACAGAGAAAUUAUGUUCUUACAGUCAUUCAAAAAUCAUCCCAAUAUAAUUAAAUUACAUAGUAUUCACAGAGCUGCUAAUAACAGAGAUAUUUAUCUUGGAUUCGAAUACAUGGAAACUGACUUACAUAAUGUUAUUAAGAGAGGCAAUAUACUAAAAGAUAUCCAUAAGCGCUACAUCAUGUAUCAAUUACUCAAGGCAAUGAAAUACAUUCACUCUGGAAAUGUAAUCCAUAGAGACCUUAAACCGAGUAAUGUAUUGCUGGAUAGCUCAUGUAAGUGCAAGAUAGCAGAUUUUGGGUUAGCGCGAUCAAUAAAUACUCAAGGGAUGGAUGGAUCGUUUAGUGAUAGUGACCCUACUUUGACCGACUAUGUGGCAACUCGAUGGUAUAGAGCUCCUGAAAUAUUAAUAGCAAAUAGAAGAUACACCAAAGGAAUAGACAUGUGGAGUUUGGGGUGCAUUUUGGCGGAAAUGUCAAUUGGCAAACCAAUUUUUCCAGGAACUUCCACCGUCAAUCAAGUAGAGAAAAUAAUGACAACCAUUCCAACACCAUCUAAUGAAGAUAUCAAUCAGGUUUGCAUAUCAGGAGUUGGAUCUUCAAUGAUCAAAAAUGCUUCGUCGGUUGCUAAACUUCCAUUACAGACUAUAUUGGGUGCAAAUGUUCCAGCCGAUGCCGUCAGUUUGAUAGCUGAACUCUUGGUAUUCAACCCCCACAAAAGACUGAAGGCGGCCGAAGCAUUGCAACACGAGUACGUAUCGAAAUUUCACGACCUCAGUCAAGAAAUCCAUAUGGCAUCAAAUGUCACCAUUCCUUUAAAUGACGAUAUUAGGCUCUCGGUAGAUGAUUACAGAAAUAAGUUGUACGAACUCAUGUCUUUACACAGCCACAGAACAUCUUCAAAAAAAGCUUUAGUCGUUAAACCUAAGCUUUUCGAACCUGAGGUAUAUUCAAAAGUGUCAAAAAAUGCAGAAAGGUACAUCCGUUCACAUGUGGUAGCAAAAGACAAAAGGCAAAUUAUCUCAAAUUCUGAGUCCAAAAUUUAUCAAAAGAAUCCUGUUAAUGACUGGAUGCAAGCUGCACAAUUGAAUAAAUCAGAUUCCAAAGUACCCUCGUGUAAGCAUAGUAUUGUAUCAGAAAAAACAAACAUUCAGAAAGCCAGUGGGGAUUGCAGAGUUAACAUGAAAUCUAGCACGGAAGUACCGAAGAGACGCAUCUCAACUAUCACACCACCCAAGCCAAAUCUAUAUCAGUCUUUUAAUAGUUAUAAUAAAUCGCAUGGAAUUAUUACACAAAGUGCCUUAAUGGAAUUAAGAGCUGCAGGGCUACGAUAAUAAUAUCUACUAGUACUAUUUUAUAUCACCAUUUUUAUAAUAUAUAAACAUUUUUACCGAUUUUACUCUUUAGUAAUGUACUUAC